AUGCAGAACAACAGGGAAUCACAAACUCUCAGCUGGGCUGACAUGAUGGAGAUGGAGGACCAGGCUGUUGAGAUGAUCAGCACCAUGCCAGGAGCUGAACCAAGCUGCAAGCAAAACCAGAACAAGAGGGAAUCACAAACUCUCAGCUGGGGUGACAUGAUGGAGAUGGAGGACCAGGCUGUUGAGAUGAUCAACACCAUGCCAGGAACUGAACCAAGCUGCCAGCAAAACCAACGCCGGCAGCCCCCGGCUCAGCUACCAGCGCAAGAUCACAGGACCCCUCACCAAAGACAGCAAGGAGGUCACCAGGUGAUCCACCAGGCCUCCUAUCAAAGACCACGUGGGGGACAUCAGGUCAAUCACCAGGCCCCCUACCACAGGCAGCAGAGAAGCCAUCAGGUUUACCACCAAAACCACCAGGCCUCCUAUCAAAGACCACGUGGGGGACAUCAGGUCAAUCACCAGGCCCCCUACCACAGGCAGCAGAGAAGCCAUCAGGUUUACCACCAAAACCACCAGGCCUCCUAUCAAACACCACGUGGGGGACAUCAGGUCAAUCACCAGACCCCCAACCACAGGCAGCAGAGAAGCCAUCAGGUUUACCACCAAAACCACCAGGCUCCCUACUACCAAGAACACCAGGCACGCACUCCCCCCGCAUGGCAGGUGGAGGAGCAGGCCAAUCAUGCAGAGGCACAAGACAUGGCUAGAGUGCAAAAACUUGAAGAUCAGGUCGCAUCUCUGAGAAAGAACCUUGAUAAUGAAAGACAGAGGGCCUCUUCCUUCCAACAACAACGGGAGGUAAGUAGGAAUACGUUUCAGGUUCUCCUCAGAAAGGAAAGGAAGCAAGUUCGGGAUCUGUAUGCUGCGAAAUGUUCUCUGGAAGAGCAGGUGAAAAAACUGCAAGAAGAUGCAUACAGUAGAGCUAUGGAGGGAUCCAAGAACACAGAGAAGAUCCAAGAGCUCAAUGACCUGGUAUCAUCUUUGAGCAACAAGCUGGAGGCUGAGAUGCUGAAGACUGGCAACCUCCAGACACAGCUGGAUGAGGCCAAGCUUCAGCUUCUUGAGGAAAAUAACCAAGAACUGCAGCUGGAUGAUGGAAUGGAUGAAGAAAAGGACAUUCUGGAGACCAAAGAUGAUCUGCUAAUGGAAACGUCAGAAAAUGAAGAUCAAGGGGAGACGUUUGAAGUCACUGGCGAGGACAUCAGAGAGCCCUCCCCUGAACUGGACAACACUUUGGUGGACAGCGAAGAAGACGGUCCACAUACGGUUCAGGAGACACGUGAGAUGACCUUACCAACACCUGAGGUCAUCGCAGAAGCAACUGAACUGGAGUCCAUCUCACUGUGGAGGAGGUUCAAAAAGGCCAUGACUCCCAAACAUCGCCGCAAAUACAAGAGGCAGAGGCAGGACUGA